AUGUAUUCGUCUACUUUGGUCUCGCUGGCCGCGGCAUUGCUUGCCGGUCAGACGCUGGCCAUUGAACUGACAGUGUCAAAGAGUGGUGGGAAUUCGUCAAGUCCCCUUCUUUAUGGGGUCAUGUUCGAGGAUAUCAACAACUCUGGUGAUGGUGGCAUCCACGGCCAAGUACUACGCAACAACGGCUUCCAGGGCGACGACCCGGGCCUCACGGCAUACAGCGCAGUAGGAAAUGUGACUAUAUCGCAAGACACGGCCAAUCCUCUCAGCAGUGCCAUCACUUCCACACUCAAGGUAGCCGUUCCCUCUGGAGCAACUGGCUACGUUGGCUUUGCAAAUGAAGGGUAUGAGGGAGUUCCCGUUCUGGGGACUAACUACGACAACUACUUCUAUAUGAAGGGUGACUAUUCUGGCAUCGUCAAUCUUCGACUCGUGGGAAACGCGAGCGGAAUUGUUUAUGCCGAUCAUAAUAUUACCGUGGAUAGCACCGGCACCAACUUCACCUACUAUGAGACUUCUUUCAGCUCGUCUGUGUCUGCAGAUGCGCACAAUGUGUGGCAGCUACGGUUUGAUGCUUCCAAGGUGGCUGGGAGCUCUCUGAACUUUGGAUUGGUGCAGCUGUUUCCUCCUACUUAUAAAUCACGGUACAACGGCUUGCGCAAUGAUGUUGCUAGUUUCCUUGCGGACAUCAAGCCGUCUUUCUUGCGGUUCCCUGGAGGCAAUAAUCUGGAAGGUGCAACACCUAGCGAUCGCUGGAAGUGGAACGAGACUAUUGGUCCUGUCGUUGAUCGCCCAGGACGCGAAGGUGACUGGACCUAUCCCAACACGGACGCACUUGGUCUCGAUGAAUACCUUCAAUGGUGCGAGGACAUGGACAUGGAGCCACUCCUUGCUGUAUGGAGUGGCCUCUCCCUAGGUGGUGGCAUCGUGUCCGGAUCAGCCUUGGAUCCCUAUGUCGACGACAUUCUCAAUGAGCUCGAGCAGUACGUCCUCGGAUCCGCAGACACAACCUACGGCGCCCUGCGUGCCAAGAACGGCCGCACCGAGCCCUGGGACGUCAAGUACCUCGAAGUUGGCAACGAAGACAACCUCAACAGCGGCUGCAGUACCUACGCAAACCGAUUUACCCUGAUUUAUGAUGCUGUUCAUGCUGCAUACCCCAACCUGACAAUUGUCGCCUCCACCACCGACACUUCCUGCCUCCCAUCCACCAUCCCCGACGGCGUCAUCACCGACAUCCACCACUACCUCACACCCGACGAGUUCAUCGACCUCUUCGACGAAUGGGACAACUGGUCACGCGACUGGCCCAUUCUUGUCGGCGAAUACGCCAGUACGACCGGCAACGACGGUAGCACCACAUACUGGUCGUACAUGCAGGGAUCCUGCAGUGAAGCCGUCUACAUGAUCGGCAUGGAACGCAAUAGCGACAUUGUCAAGAUGGCCAGUUUCGCACCCUUGCUGGAGCAUUUCGAUAUGGCCGAGUGGUCGCCCGAUCUCUUCGGCCUGGAUUCCAGUCCAGACUCCAUAACCGGCUCCACAUCAUACUACGUUCAGAAGAUGUUCUCGACAAACCGUGGCUCCACAGUCCUUCCCGUCAACACGACCGCCGACUUUGAUCCGCUUUACUGGGUCGCAUCCGUGGCUGACGAGGGCACGUACUACGUCAAGCUGGCAAACUACGGGUCGUCAUCACAGAAUGUAACCGUGAACAUCGAGGGCACGACGUCCGGUCAGCUCCAGUUGCUCUCCGGGGGAGAGACAGUGAGCAACUAUCCCCAUGAUGUGUCAAUUACGACGCAGACUUCUACUGUGUCUGGUAGCGGAAGCUUCACUGUUGAUAUGCCGGCGUGGGCAGUUGCGGUGUUGGCUGUAUCUUAA